CGGAAGGAAGAAUGAAAGAAAGAUACGAUAGAUGAGUUUUGCUUCAUCUUCGUGUGCGAAGCGCCAUGUUUAAGAAAAACAUGCGUGCAUAAACUACGACGCCGAUGUUCACGAAUUUCCUCAGUGGGUAACGCGCAAUGUCAUCGACGAGGUAAAGGUCUCCCGAGUUAAUAAAUAAGAAAAAGUGUCGUCACUAAAGCUGUGUGUCGCAUUGGUCGCAAUACCUGUUACGAGGAAUUUCGCAUUGGCUAUAAACGCAGACCAGUUGGUCCCAAGUUGUCAAGUUGAGUCUGCCUGAUCGUUUCUUUAAAAAGUACGGUGAAACGCUACCGAUUUCAACUGCGGGCAUGGCCGCUUUUAGGCUUCUCUUUGACACUAGCAAAACGGUUCGUCGAAUGAUGAGGAAGAUACGCGUCGCCAGGUGACAGCAGACGUCAUAGUCAAUCGCUGCGGGGUGAGCAAUGUUUCGAUAUAUAACGUAAUCACCGAUAUUCGUUAUAACGAAUAAAUUAAGUUUUUCCGGCAUCAAUCGAUUUCUCGCGUAUCAGACUGUAGCUGUGCAAUUACUAUCGGACACUGGGAAGGAUACUGUUAAUUUUAUAACAGAUUAUAUCCGAUGCCUCUUUCCUUGCCUGGCACCUUUGUACGAUGCACAAUGUAUGACGCAUAGUAUAAUAAUUGAAAGUCUAACAUAGGACCUGCAAGAAUCAUAAAUGAUUGGCCGACGUUGCGCUCUUUUUGCCCUCGGCACUUUGCUGAUCCUGGUUCUUGGUGUGAAUAUAUACUUUAUUCGGACGAUUGUCGAGAGUUCUUCGCAAAAGACUUAUUCCAAGGACCUACCAGUGUCUGUACCAAAGGCCAAACAGGAUCUUUCUACAUCUUCACAGCCUAUUGAGAGAAACUCACAAUUGCGAUCAAGAUCCAUUGCCAAAAAUAUGAACGAGAGGAUCAAAGAAGAAAUUCGUACAUUACCGUCCAAAUACUUCAAGCAGAACACUAGCUAUAGCCUUGUCUUGGAGCGACUAAUGACUGAACUAAAAAUAAUGCCAAGUGUCCGGGGAGAUAUUUGGAAUAUUCCAAAUAACAAUUGGCCUGAUGCUCACCAGUUGAUUCCACCGGCAGCUCCAGAGUUAGGCACUAUUUUGAAGAUUCUGCGGCAAUCCAGGGUGAUCCGUGCGGAUAAUGCUCCGUUGGGUACACAAUUGAAACUGAUGCUGAAUCUGGAAAAUGGCGUGAGAGCAUUGUUCAAACCACAGUGGUACUCGAGAGACGCCGUGAUACGUGGACCAGUGUAUUACGGCAAGGACCGACACAAUGCCGAAAUAGUGGCCUUCCAUUUAUCGUCCUUGUUGGCGCUUCGAAGGGUACCCCUUACCGUUAUACGUAAACUUGAUCUGAAGGAGAUUCGUAACUGCGCGACACCAGCAUUGUACACGACUAUGUAUCAGGAGGGUAAUGACACGUGUCUAUAUGGCGUUUGUCAUUAUUGCUCUCCUGCAGACCCCGUUUGCGGUACAGGAGAUAUUUUGGAGGGCGCCCUUAUCUUCUGGCUUCCGCGAUACUUAAGACUGGUUAAACAUCGUCAUCCUUGGCAGCGAACCUACAAAAAGAAUAAAUUCGCCACGUGGGAAGUCGACGAGGCUUACUGUGAUAAAGUGAAAGACUCCAAGGCCUAUUCACCGCAGUCGUCGAGCAGACUUUUGGAUCUGAUUGACACAGCGAUCUUCGACUUCCUGAUGGACAAUGGUGAUCGUCAUCAUUAUGAGCUUGCACAAAACAAUUUCCACAACCCAGCAGUGUUAUUAAUCGAUAACGGAAAGAGCCUAGGCAAUCCCGAUGUGGAUCAUCUCGACAUUCUAGCACCUCUUUAUCAAUGUUGCAUGAUUCACAAAACCACGUGGGACAGAUUGCGAUUGUUCAGCGGCGGUUCUCUGAGCGUUGCAUUGAGCAAACUCGUUACAUACGAGACGGAAAUGUCGGAUGUUCCGCCGCUUAUUACUAAGGCGCAUCUAAGUGCCAUGGACAGAAGGUUGCUUACUGUCUACGCUGUAGUGGAGAAUUGCCUCAGUAGGAAAAAACAUCCUGACGGAGUGCCGUUUGUAAAUAUUAAUAGUUUCUUCGUUGGGAACGAUUUUUCAGGAGAUACGAUGAUUAUUGUUAUUAAAGUACAAUAUAUAAAUGAGUGCGAGGUAAAAUGAGACGGGUUCAAUCACAGAUUUGAAUGCGAUUUAUUUGAUGACACAAUUAAUUAUUAUUAUUUGAGUAGAGAGUUGGAGCGCGGCGCCGGAGUACAGCAUAUAGUAUAAAUGCAGUACAAACGUAAAAAACCUGUAAAUGCGACUGUAUAAUCUUGUAUGUAUAUUAUACGUUGACGUGUGCCCUCGUCGUUGUAACCACGUAGGGGCACCGAUCAUAUACAAUAUGUAUAGUUUUCGUGAUCCUCGCUUUAUAUCUCCCGCGAUCUAGUUUAAUCAUUAUUUCAAAUGUCAACUAUGCCUAUAUUUUCCACAUUUUUCUUUUACGCAGAAAUUUAAGCUCGUUUCAUUUUUAGAAAAUUACGCAUCUCUGAAAUAUAUAUAUUAGUUUCACGAUGAAAAUUUUAAAGUGAAAAUUGAACAGUAAAAUUGACCAUCGAUAUUAAUAAAGGUGAUGAUAUUGCAAUAGUGUAGUUUCUAAUAAAAUUUAUCAUAUGUGUAUAUUGUAAUAAAAAUGAAAAUUGAAUCAUUAUUACAAAAUCUAUAUGAAUAAUCGCAGGACAUCAUCAUUGGGACGAGUUGAGGUUUGAUUUUAAGUUUAGAAAAAUGCGAGGAAACGAUAUCGCAAGAGAUAUUGAGGAUCACAAAUUUUGGGACUUGAUAAAUUGAACUUGCGCGCUUUA